AUGAUUGUCACUGGAUUGCGAAUGUUACUGGUGUUUCUUUCAUUUGGUGAAAUUUUAUCCCAAAAUAUAAAUGUUAUUGUUACCAAAGAUGAUCUACAAAAAGUACCCCCUGAUAUAUGUACUGGAAGCAAGCGAAUAUCUCAUAUGGAUUUAUUAAUAAAAAAUAUAAUAUACGAAGAAUGGGACCCUGAUGAGAACAUUUGUUUGGAAAAGAUAUUAAAUAUUAUGCACAAUGUUAAGAAUUCUACAUUAUGGGCGACAUGGAUUUGGGAUGCAAUGCAAAGCCCUACAGGCGUGUUCUUCGGUGCGAAAUAUCAGUUUGGCAACUACGAUCAAUGUAUGAAAGCUCCGUGGCUAGAAACUCAUCCUAAAUAUCGCACUCAGUACUGCCUCGUUGAUGUUACACUAGCUAGAGCAGAGUUGAAAGAAAUAUCAGUCGAUCCUGAAAGUUCCGUAGAAGUUUAUAUUAAUUCCAUUUCGAAACAUGGUGUGACAUUUAACACAUUAUCGUUGGGAGUGUGCUUGCCGUAUGAAUGUCGAUCGAAAUCCAUUAGGAAAUUCGUCAAAGUUCUCUACGAGAACGGCCAUCUUGGAAACGCCGUACCGGAAGUGGAUAUAGCCGUCGACCACUGCCAAGUUGCCGGUGCUUCCGCCGAAUAUUCCAGAGAGUUCUAUAUUGUAGUAACUAUUUUCUCAACAAUCAUUUUUUUAAUUAUAUUAGGCAAUAUAAUUGGUUAUGAAGAGUCUAAAAUUGCCAAUUCUUUAGUAAAUAAACUUCUAAAAGCAGCUUGUAUGGAAAGGAAUCUAUUACAUUUGAAUAAAUCUAGUGAAGACGACAUAAGAGUGAUGCACGGAAUGAGAUCUAUUUCUUCCGGGAUAGUGGUGGGCUUGCACGUGUGGUUUGUUAGUGUUUACAUAGUGCCUGGUAAUAGCUUGCAAAUUGAUAUGGAUAUAGAAAAAUACAAAUUGUCAAGGUUCUACCACGUAGAACUUGUAGUGGACACAUUCCUUAUGAUGUCUGGACUAUUGCUAAUUAAAGGUGUAAUGGCGAGUGGAAAUAUCAACCCGUUUGUAUGGCUCAUUAAACGAUAUUUAAGACUUCUUUGGAUAACGUCAGUAUUCCUUUUAUUCACCGCCAAAAUACUCAUUUAUGCCGGCUCUGGGCCUAUGUGGCCGAAGUUGUCUUCAAUAGAAGUUACCACGUGCAAUAAAAAUUGGUGGCUGAAUUUGUUAAUGCUCGGAAAUUAUAUCGAUACAGCUAAUACAUGUUACCCAAUAUUAUGGACAGUGCCCUGCGAUUUCCAUUUGUCUGCCGUCGGAAUAAUGAUACAUUGGAUUUUCACCAAAAACAAACGUAUCGGAAUGCUGGUUUUCAGUACAUUAUCUUUCUUAGCUUUGAUUAUGCCUGGCGUGAUCACGUAUAAAAGAAAACUACCAGCAGCACCCAACUUUGAUGUAACUGAUAUAAGAGAUUACCGAAAUAUUUUGCUCAAAAAUCCCACGUAUAUAUGGAGUCAUCUUCGAGCCGGACCGUACUUUGUUGGUCUUAUUGCUGGAUAUAUCUUAACUAUUUAUAAACCCAUCAAUCACAGGAAAAUAAUAUCAAAGUUCUGGUCGACACUUGGCUUUGUAAUAGCAUUUUCAAUAGCUAUCAAAGUUAUGACUAUGGGAGGCUCUUUCUUAGAUAAAAAUAAACCCUAUAAUGUAUGGGAAUCAGCGAUUUUUGCCUCAUUAAACAGAACUAUAUGGGCUCUUGCUAUGGUAGCCAUUAUAAUGUUCUGCGAAUAUGGAACAGUGCCCAUCGUCCACACUUUGCUAGUGUGGAAACCCUUCAUACCCCUCAGCAAAUUAUCUUACGGGGUCUACCUGUGUCAUAUGGUAGUCUUCUCAUUCGUAGUUGCUGUUAUUAGAACUUCGUAUACAUACGAUUUGUAUACCGUGAUUGUCUAUACGUUCGGAGUGAUCGUAACAUCUUAUUGUCUUAGCGUUGUACUACAUUUAUUCUUCGAAGCACCGAUGACCAUCAUAAUUAAUAUGCUUACGAAUAAAAGGUGCAGCAGUAUAAAAGGAAAGGAAACUAACUUUAAAACUGGAAAUGGGCUUAUACGUGAAAAUCAAAAUGAAAUGAAAUCAAAA